CUGACGGAAGAGGUAGCUACUGGCAGAAGGAAAUUUUUACUUGGUUAUAAAAUUAAUUUUAAACAAUAUACACGCAGUCCAGGAUGGCAGAUAGUGAGCAGAAGGGUAUUCAGCUUGUGGCUGAAGCAGAGAAGAAACUGAAAUCGUCACAAGGCUUUUUGUCUUCGUUGUUUGGGAGCUCAACAAAGGUUGAAGAGGCUGCUGAUUUGUACAUACGGGCUGCAAAUGCUUUUAAGAUGGCUAAGAGUGGUCAGGUAGCUGGUGGCCAGGCAUUUGUUGAGGCAGCUAAACUUCAGCUGAAGUUGCAGAGUAAACAUCAAGCUGCCACUCAUUAUGUGGAUGCGGGGAAUUGUUACAAAAAGGGAGAUCCCAAUGAGGCUGUCAAUUGUCUUCUGAAGGCCAUUGAAAUAUACACAGACAUGGGAAGGUUUACAAUUGCAGCCAAACACCAUGUGACCAUUGCAGAAAUCUAUGAAACAGAAUUGGUAGAUUUGGAAAAGGCUGUGGUAAAUUACGAACAGGCUGCCGAUUAUUACAAAGGAGAGGAGUCUAACAGUUCUGCCAAUAAAUGCCUGCUGAAGGUGGCUCAGUAUGCAGCCCAGCUGGAAAUGUAUGAGAAGGCAAUAGAGAUAUAUGAACAGGUGGCCACAUCAGCCAUGGAGAACACCUUACUUAAGUACAGUGCCAAGGACCACUUUUUCCGGGCUGCUUUGUGUCACAUGUGUGUUGAGGUGGAGAAUGCGGAGAUGGUGGUCACCAAAUACGAGGAGAUGUUCCCUCAGUUUGCUGACUCCCGGGAAUGUAAACUACUCAAGACCCUACUCUCAGCCUGUGAAGAUCAGAAUGUAGAGGCGUUCACGGAUGCAGUGAAGGAUUUUGACAGUAUAUCACGUUUGGACCAGUGGAUGACAACUAUCCUGCUUAGGAUUAAGAAAAACAUUAGUGAAGAGCCGGAUCUGCGAUAA